CUUAAACAAAUAUAUUUGAUAUAUAGAUUAUAACUUUGUUUUAUUUUAUUUAUUUUGUUUAAAUUUUUUUUAUUUGUUUUUAAAAAAAAAAUUAUUUAUUUAUUUAUUUAUUUUAUUUUAUUUAUUUUAUACUAUUCAAUAAUAAUUUUUUAAUAUUAGCAUAUUAUAAAUAUAUUUUAUUUUUAUUUUUAAUUUAUUUGUUGUUUUUUGGUUUAAAUUAUUUUUUAUUUUUUAUUUUCUUAUUUUUUUUUUUAAAAUUAAAUAAUUUUAUCCUAUUUUUAUUUAUAUUGAUUAUAACUAAUAAUAAAAAUAAUAACAUUAAAAUAUUUAGAUAUUAAAAAAUAGUAAUAAUUAUAUAUAAUAGUAUAAAGUAAUAUAUAAAAAAAAAACUGUAAUAUCUAUAGGAAAAUAACUUAACCAAAAAAAACAAAACACAACCUCAUAAUAGUACAAUCAAUGAUAAUAUAAAACAAAUAUUAAUAAAAAAAUGACAGAAUUAAAAAAUGAAAGUAAUAAUAACAAUAAUGGCGUAGAUAAGCCAAUACUUGAAGAAGAAACAAAUAGUAUUUGUGAAGGUGAACAAAAUAAUUCAAAUGUAGUUUUUGGUUCAAAAUAUAAACAUAAUUUAAGAUCAACCAGUUCUAUUGAAAAAACACCAAAUAAAUAUAAUGAAAUUAUAGAAUUAUUUUUAUCAUCAGAUUUAGAAUUGGUAUCAUCAUUAUGUUCGACUACAUUAGUAAAAGAAACAGUUCCAAAUAAUGUACAUAUAUCAGAAUAUUUAAUAUUGUUCUUUGAAUAUCAUUGUAAUUUAAAAUCAUCAUAUAUAUUAAAAUGGGCAAUUGAUAGGGAAAUAGAUAAUACAACAAAUUCCGCAACAUUGUUUAGAGGAUUAAGUACAGCAACAAGAUUAAUAUCAGCAUUUUAUAAAAGAGUUGGAGAAAGUUAUUUAAAAUAUUUAUUACAACCAUUUGUUAUAGAUUUAUGUUCAAGAAACUUUUCGUUUGAAAUUGAUCCAGAAAAAGCAGGCAAAGGUGUUGAUAUCCAAGCAAAUUUAGAAAAAUUAAUUACUAUUACACAACAAUUAUUAGAUAAAAUAUUAGAUUCAGUCGAACAAUGUCCUUUACCAAUAAGACAUAUUUUAAAUCACACACAAGAAAAAGUAGAAAAGAAAUUUGAAUCAAUGAAAACUACAGUUGUUGGUGGUUUUAUUUUUUUAAGAUUUAUUUGCCCUGCAAUUGUUGCACCAGAAGCAUUUGGAUUAAUACCAAAAGAAGAAGAACCAACUCCUGAAACAAGAAGAAGUUUGGUUUUAGUAUCAAAGUUAUUACAAAAUUUAGCAAAUGAAAUGCCAUUUGGCAAUGGAAUAAAAGAAGAAUAUAUGGCCUAUUUAAAUGACUUUAUUAUUGCAAAUUCUGAAAGAAUUCAUGUAUUUUUUGAUAGUUUGGCCGAACCUGUUGUUGGAAGUAGCGGUAGUGGUAGUGGUAGUGGAUCCUCAAAUAAUAGUAGUGCCAAAAGUUCACCACCAAUUAAAUCAUCCAACAGUGUAAAUAAUUUAAGUAGUCUCAAUAUAAACAACCCGGCAACAGCUCAGUCAAGUGGUAGUGUUUUCGAAGAAUCAAAUAAUAAAUCGAGUGCCUCUGAAGAAUCAAUUAUCGACAAUUUAAAUGUAUUAAUUGGCCAAGUAAUCGAUCAUAGAGAAAAAAUUGAAAACUAUAUAAAUUCAGAAAUACGAGAUGGCUCAGAGGUUGUAAAAAGAUUAGAUUUAGCACUUCAAUCAGUUAAGCAAAAAACAUUCUUUAAAUCAAUGUUGCCAUGGAUUAGAGGCAAAGAUGGAUCCUCACCAAAUAAACUUAAAAAGUCCCCAUCUGCCAACAACGUAGUUUCAAACUCGCAACAUAUUUUACAUUUACAACAACAAGUCGAAAAAGAGAAAAAACAAUCACCACUAACUCAGUCUCAGCAAGUUGAAACUACUGGCGGUAAAUCGCUCGUAAAGAAUCAUCAAUUCUCCCAAUCCCAUACCAACAUAGAUGAAAUAUCCGAAAUGAGGGAUCAAAAAGAAAUCGAUAUUAUAAAUUUGAUGGCCGAGAAUACAAAACUAAAGAAAGAGGUUGAAGAAUUAAAAAGAAAAAAUAAUUUACUAAAUAAACUUCGUAGCGAAGUAGACAAUGAAAAAGCCGAAAAGAGAGAAUUAAAAGCAAUCAUCAAAAAGUGCAAUGAAAGAUUAAAACAAUUAGAUCAAGUCGAUUUAAUCAGUGAACUCUCACCAUAUGUUGAUGAUCCAAUUCAUCCAGCCGCUGACUUACAAACUUUAAUUGAAGAAACUUUAGGUGUGGGCAAUUCCAAUCCAAAAAAGAAAUCAAACUCCUCUCUUGGUAUCUGUAAAAUAAAAUCCACAUUAGACUCUAGCAAUGGUUCUCUAAUCGCCCCAUAUACCGCUCACUCAUUAUCGUCAUCUUCCACAACCAUUUCAAACUACCCCUCAUCAGUUGCCACUACCCCCAUUGUUGUAAAUGAUGCAUCAUCAUCGCUCCAACCAUCACCCCAACCCCAUGCACAACCAACAUCAUCUGUACAUUUAAAUCAGUCUACAUUUAAUAUUCCACAUUUAGAUGUUUCAGGAGAUUGUAAUAGCAGUAUCUGUAGUUACCAUUUAAAAAAAUCAUCGACCAAUGCUAGUAUUUCAGAGGCUUCGUUAAUGACCGAAAUAUCAGAAAAUGAUGACCCAAAAACAGGUAGCAACAUUUCAAUUAGCCAACCACGUGGUACCAAUUCACAAAACAACAACACUGUUAACCAAAGUAGAAGAAACUCCACUACCUCCGAAAUAUCUGUUAUAAGCGAAGCCAUUGAUACCUAUGAACACCAAAAUAGAAUUAUUCAAGCAGUUGUUGAGGGAUCUGAACUAUUAGAUGAUUCAUCCUGUGAUCUUUUAGAAUUCUUAAAAGAGGUUGCCAACAAUAAAGAAUUACAAAAGCAAAAACUAAAGCAACAACAAGAAGAAAAGGAAAAAAGAGGUUCUGUGUUCUUUAAAUUCUCUUCGAAAUUUGGUAAAAAGAAAAAACAUAAUACUUUGACAAAUAUCGCUACAACUUCGCCAACAAUGCAACCAAUUAAAGAAGCAAUACCAACACCAACUCCUGUCGGUAUAUAAAAAAAAAAAUUAAAAAAAUAUUAUCUAUUAAACUGUACAUAUACUAUAUAUUCC